UUGGACUUAUAAAUUGUACAAGUUUCUUAGAUGUUAUAGGCUGAACUAUCUUCACUAAAAAUAUUUUUUCAUAAUCUUAAUACAGUAAAUAACAAUAGUGAGAUCAAAUGUUUGCGUCUCGGCAAAUUAUAAUUUAUAUUCUUGUACUCAUCUCAGUAUGUUACGCAUUGGCAAAAGGGAAUUGGAAUACGGAUGAAGCCAGAGUUCUAUCAAAAAUUUUAGAUGGCUACGAUAAAAAUGCGCGACCUGAAAGCGGAAAUUCAAAUAAAACAGAAAUUCACCUUUCGAUGACAUUGUCUCAAGUAAUUGCUGUGAGUGAAAAAACUGAGGCAAUGACAACGUCAAUAUAUAUGAUCCAUACGUGGUAUGAUUAUAGACUGAUGUGGAAUGAAUCCGAGUAUGGCGGAGUCAACGUGUCUAGAGUUCCUGCAGACGAUGUAUGGGUUCCGAGAAUUAUACUGCAAAACAGCAAAGAUGACAAGUUCGAUGUUUCAUUGCGCACUGAUGUGCUGGUAUAUCCUAACGGAAUGAUGGAAUGGAUGCCGCCUUCUUUGUAUAUUAGUUCUUGCGAAAUUGAGGUUUCUCUUUUUCCAUUUGACUGGCAAAACUGUUCAAUGAUUUUUCGUUCGCUGUCUCAUGAUUCUGACGAAAUGACUUUGACAGCUGAUGACUACAUUACAAUAGAUAAAAGCGCAUUUCAGGAAAAUGGUGAAUGGGACCUCAUAAGCAAGCCUAUAAGUACCGCAAUGACAUAUCGAGGUAAUGUCCCAUACGAUGACGUCAUAUUCUACUUUAUAUUGCAACGUCGUCCACAAUUUUACAUCAUGAACUUGAUUGUACCUUGCAUUUUGAUGAUGACGUUCUCUUGUUUCACCUUUUUUCUUCCGGCUGUAUCCGCUCAAAAGAUGACACUUUCUGUUUCAACACUUCUCGGCGAAACUGUAUUCCUGUUCCUAAUCGCACAGAGAAUGCCAGAAACAUCGCGAUCCAUUCCUCUGAUUGUUGCUUACCUGAUAUUUUCUAUGGCUCUCAUCAUAAAUUGUGUAGUGUUUAGCGUCAUAGUGUGCAAUGUUCACUUUCGUUCGUCGACAACUCAUCGAAUGCCUCAUUGGAUGGGAAAAUACUUGAUGGGACACGUGGCUCGUCUGUUGAAGGUGCAACGACCUAUACCGUCUUCCCCAUGGCAACUAGCAAUGGAAAGAAGGAGGAAACGAUUAAAGGAACUGGCAGCAAAAGAUGCAAAAGCUAGUCGUUCUGCAUGGCGGGCGCCAAGCGAAAUGCUUUUUGAUAAUAAAGCGAAGCGAUAUGGAUUUCGAACAAGACACAUUCAAGACAUGACUGGGUUCACCGAAGUCACACCGGCAGCAAAUGGAAAAGUGGAAUCUUCAGCAAUUCCUGCAGCUCUUUUACCAGUACCAGAUAAAUAUAAACCUGCUGUCGACGGCGUUAACUGGAUUUCAAACCAUGUCAAGGAUAAAGAAAUAAAAGCACAGUCAUGCGACGACUGGGAAUAUUGUGCUCUCAUACUGGAUCGAGUAUUUUUCUGGAUUUACAUGUCAGCGUUUAUUCUUGGCACAGUAGCAUUCUUUAUUCGAAUAUCGGUUGCCUAUUAUCCAAAACCAGAUCCACCGGACGAACAAAAAGAAAUAUCUACGUUUUUCUACGGGAUUUUUGCCAUGUGAUUGGAGACGAUUGCCAGACUAUUUUAUGACUUGCUAACAGAGAUAAAAAAAACUAUUUCAGGGGAUGCUGUACUUUAUUGCACCAAUGACUUCAUUAGUUUCUUUAAAACUUUGACAAAUGUGUCCUGAGAAUCAAAAGCUUGUUUUGUUGGUGUCCGCGCUGUCGGGGAUUGCCAUUUGUAGAGUAUAAGAUGUGGGAAUACUUUUAAACGUUCCCAAUUACGGCAGGUAUAAAACUGCAUAUCAUAUAAAUAAUUUUAGCAAAAAUACGUCGGAAUUUUGAAAAAAUUAGUGUCUGACAAGAAAGUUGGGGUAUGUACAGGGCUGCCAUAACGUCCUUAUUUCUAAAAUUUGUCCUUAUGUUGAAGGUCCUCGUCUUGGGAUAACUUUGUCCUUAUUUCUAAGAAAUGUCCUUAUUUUAUUGGUAAAGGUUCUUAUACCAGUUACUUAGACUGAUCAAUUCGAUUUGCUAGAAAUGCCAUUUUACAACCUAAUUGAUUGCUACGCGCUCUCAUUGCAUAAUAACAGCAAAUUAAUUGACACAAUGAUAAAACAAUAGCCUACCGACCAAAAUCAGUUUGUGUAACUUGAAUUAAAAUAUAACUUAAAUGUGAGAUGGAACAGAUAGUUUCUAAGAAAAAAGGGUACUGCUGAAGUAUGCGCACCAAGAUGUCGCUUAACCUGAACCCUAACCUGGUACACA